AUGAAGAUUAAGAAAAUACCAGAGAGAAAUGAGUGUGGGGGUCGGAGUCACCGUCGUAUCACGACGGCGGCGUGGCUGAAAUCCGAUGAAUUUAGUUGCAGCAGUUCAGGCGUGCAGAGAUUAGGUCACAGGUUGAAUAAACCGAAAUUGAUUCUCCGGUGUUUCCGUAAAGAGACGCUCCUUCCUCCUUUCCCUUCAUUGCGCUCUCUCGAUCCCUCAGUCCUCGCAAUCUAUCCGCCGUCUUCCACUACGUUAUCGCCCCACUCUCUGAAUAGAAAGGAAUUUAUGCAACCGGGAGGGGUAAGAGAUGCCCAUAUUAGAAAUUGCACUCACAUUGUUUGCUUCUGGCUGAGUUUUUCUAGUUUGGAAUAUUAG